UUCCUGGUUCAUUUUCUCGGAUCAGAAAGUCUCUCAGGUCAGAAGAUUUGUUAUCUCUCUCUUUCUUUCAAAGUCGUAUUAAUUACGAAUCUUCUUCGUCUCCCCUGUAGUUUCCAGAUAAUUUCCAUCAAUUAUUGUUUGUUUCCUCUAAUUAACUUGAAUUUUAGGGGUUUUAAGUUUCUCUUAAAAAUUGGCCCAGUUUGAUUCGUGUAAAGAAAGGAAGAAAGUUCUUGUAUUAUGAUGAUGAUGGAGGCCAAGUUAUGGAACGACAAGAGAGAAAGAGAGAUGUACGACAACUUCGCAGAGCUCUUUGCAAUCAUCAAAGCAACAGAGAAGCUCGAGAGAGCUUACAUCAGAGACUUAAUCUCUCCUUCAGAGUACGAAUCCGAAUGCAACAAACUCAUCCUCCACUUCAAGACGCUCUCCGCUUCCCUCAGAGACACGGUCCCAAGCAUCCAACGAUUCGCAGACACAUACAAAAUGGACUGUCCAUCCGCUCUCUACCGCCUCGUGACAUCCGGUGUUCCCGCCACCGUGGAACACCGAGCCACCGUGGCGGCAUCCACCUCCAAUUCUGCCUCCAUUGUCGCUGAGUGUGUGCAGAACUUCAUCACGGCGAUGGAUUCUUUGAAACUAAACAUGGUUGCUGUCGACCAGGUCUAUCCUCUCUUGUCUGAUCUAUCUGCUUCUCUCAACAAACUGAGUAUUCUGCCGCCGGAUUUCGAAGGGAAGACGAAGAUGAAAGAAUGGCUUUCGAGGUUGGCGAAGAUGGGUGCAGCUGAUGAGCUUACGGAACAGCAGUCGAGGCAACUUCACUUUGAUCUUGAGUCUUCUUACAACUCUUUCAUGGCAGCUUUGCCUAAAGGUGGUAGCUGAAAAACCAAUGUAGGUUUUGGAGUCGAAUGUGCUUGUGUAUAAAGUAUUGUACGAUGUGUUGGUUAUAUGAGAGUUUAUUAAUAAUACCAAUUACAAGUACAAUGAACCAAGCUGCAUCGGAUGUUCUUGCA